AUAGUUUUCCGAUGUAGAAAAAAGAUACAAGAGACCGAAUCAACAAGCAGGACUAGACACGGGAAAAGGCAGGAGCAAGAGGAACUGAAGAGGAAGAGACUGAAGAUGUUGCAUUUGCAGUUGCAGCUACACUCACCACCACCACUACUCUUAUCAUCUUCUUCUUCCCUUAAGCUUCCCCCAAACCCACACUCUUUAUCCCUAAAACGUUUUCCUUCUAAACCCCUCACUCUCAUCAGAUGCCGCCACUCAGACCUGUUCGACCAAAAAACCUUCUCCUCCUCCACUCCACAACCUGCAAACCCCGCUGCUGUUUCAGUUGGAGCUUUGCCACCUAGGGUUUAUGUUGGUCACUCCAUUUACAAAGGGAAGGCUGCUCUCACAGUCACUCCUAGACCUCCAGAAUUCGCACCACUCGAUUCAGGGGCAUUCAAAAUAUCUAGGGAGGGUUAUGUGUUGCUUCAGUUUGCGCCUGCCAUUGCUUCGCGCCAAUAUGAUUGGAAUCGAAAGCAGGUGUUCUCGUUAUCUGUUGUUGAAAUGGGAAGUGUGAUUAGUCUAGGUACAAGGGAGUCUUGUGAAUUUUUUCAUGAUCCUUUGAAGGGAAAAAGUGAUGAAGGUAAAGUCAGGAAAGUCUUGAAGUUGGAACCUCUUCCAGAUGGUUCUGGUCACUUCUUUAACCUCAGUGUUCAAAACAAGAUUGUGAACAUUGAUGAAAACAUCUAUAUCCCUGUUACAAAAGCAGAGUUAGCAGUUUUGAGCUCAAUUUUCAAUUUUAUCAUGCCAUACCUUCUAGGGUGGCAUACCUUUGCAAACUCCGUAAACCCGGAGUAUUCCAGUGGAGUGAAUAAUGCCAACCCAAGGUAUGGAGGAGACUAUGAAUGGAACAGAUAGGGAUUUGAUUUUUGCUUAUGUUGCACCACCAUCUCCCUGUUUUAUAUGCGUUAAAAUCACACCAUCCUGUUAGCUAUAUUAGAAUUUUGAACUUUUGAGAUAGUAAAUGUUUAAUAAUUGCUUAAAACUCCCAUUAUGAGUUAUUCGGUUAUUCUUC